GUAUGUUAUGAAGGAGGCUGGCAAACUGGUUGUGUUGGGUUCUUGCCACAUGUUCAGUGACCAAUACAUCGACAAAGAAGAGAACAGUAAAAUCCUGGAUGUCGUGCUGCAGUGGCUCAUGACUGACAAUAUACAGCUGAAUCAGAUUGAUGCAGAAGACCCAGAGAUAACAGAUUACACCAUGUUGCCAGACACAGGGUUCUUGUCAGAGCAGCUCAGAGUGUGUUUACAAGAAGAUGAUGUAUACCUUAGGGACAUCACCUCUCUCUUUGACAUGUCUUUGUUAAAAUUUUCCACUGACACCUUACCCCAAGUCAUCAGGUGACUGCAAAAUGUACCU